CACAUCAGGCAUCAUGAACAUGUCGAGGCUCCUCGCUGUGUUGUUCCUAUUAUAUUGUAGUUGUUGUGCAACACCAAAAAAGCCUAACAUUGUAUUUAUUCUCACCGAUGACCAAGAUGUUGUACUCGGUGGCAUGACUCCAAUGACAAAAGUAAAGAAGUUAAUUGGUAGUGCAGGGAUAACUUUCACCAACAUGUUCACCACCAAUCCAUUAUGCUGUCCAAGCCGAUCCAGUAUACUUACUGGUAACUAUGUACACAACCAUGGAGCUCUCAAUAACUCCAUAUCUGGUAACUGCAGCAGUCCACUCUGGCAAAAUGGUGCGGAGAAAAGUGCGUUCAUCACUUAUGUAAAACAAAUGGGCUAUAACACCUUUUUUGCUGGUAAAUAUUUGAAUCAGUAUGGUGAUAAAGAUGCUGGUGGUGUUGAGCAUAUACCUCCCGGCUGGGAUUGGUGGAAUGGAUUAGUGCAUAACUCUGUGUAUUAUAAUUACAAGUUAUCAGUAAAUGGUACAGCUGAAACACAUGGCCAUGACUACAAAAAAGACUAUUUAACAGACUUAAUAAACAACAGGGCACAGGAUUUUCUGACAAUACAGCAUGAGAAUUCCAAGCCAUUCUUCAUGAUGUUAUCCACCCCUGCCUGCCAUGCACCUUUUGACUCGGCCCCUCAGUUCAUGAAGAACUACACUAAUAAACGAGCACCAAGGACUGCAAGUUACAACAAACACGGCAGUGAUAAACAUUGGUUGGUAAGACAUCAAGUUACACCCAUGAAAAAUGACUCUGUAGAAAACACUGAUGACAUAUUCAGAAAACGGUGGAGAACACUGUUGUCCGUAGAUGACAUGGUGGAGAAUGUGAUCAACACGCUGUCCAAAAAGAAAUUAUUGAACAACACAUACAUAAUAUACUCGUCUGACAAUGGAUACCAUUUAGGUCAGUUUUCCAUGCCACGUGACAAAAGGCAUCUAUACGAGUUUGAUAUCCGGGUUCCAUUGCUAAUAAGAGGUCCAGGAAUACCAGCAGGCAAAGUCAUCGAUGAACCAGUAUUAAAUAUUGACCUGGCUCCAACGUUUAUCGAACUUUCUGGUCAUGAAGUACCCUCUGAUGUUGAUGGUAUGUCUUUGAUUACAUUGUUGCAUAGCAACUUACCUGCUAGCAGUCGAUGGAGACAAGACUUUCUAGUUGAACAUAAUGGAGAACAUGCCCCUGAUGGCAAAUACCCGCCUUGUAAAAACACAGGUGGUCUGCAAGCAUGUUCUCCCAUAGACUGUUCAUGUGAAGAUGCUAUAAACAACACAUACAUAUGUCGUCGAACACUGAAUGAUACUGUAAAUAUGAUGUAUUGUGAGUUUAGUGACAGUGAGAGUUUUGUUGAAAUGUACAAUAUAUCCAAGGAUCCUGACCAGCUUGUCAAUAUCAUCCAUCAAGUGGAUCCCCAUAUCAUCGAAGAACAAAACGAGCGAUUGGAAAUGCUGAUGAUCUGCCAGGGAGCAUCGUGUCGGGAAGUUGGACCCAUUCCUAACUUCCAACCACUGCACUCAGAUGUAGAGUGA